AUGUCCGUGCUGACAGCUAAUACCAGAGUUGCUGACAGCCAGAAAGUGAUUGAAAACAUUGGGACUUCCUCCUCCUCCUCACCAGUCUACCCUUCAGUGGGAUUUCAGGUCCUCAAUGUGGACCAUUUGUUUCUGAGGCAGAGCAGCCAAGAGCAGACAGGGAACUCCAGCUUGAGGGUUCAGAAGCAGACAUUUCUCAUCACUGGACCUGGGGCUGGGCUCCUUCAGCCAGCCGUCAAUGCCUCAUACGGUCCUCUGAGUGUAGAUGCCCCCAUUGGUCCAGAUCUGCUCCUCAGUGGUCGCAAGAUUCUGCCAGUUAUACUCGCCCGCCAGGUGCGUUCCUCAUCUCCUGCAAUUAAGAUCCUCUUCCACAUGCCCUCAGGUAGCGACAUCACCGCCAUGGGGCAAGGAAGGAUAAAGUCUGAUGAAGAUGGAGAGAAAGGGGCUGAAACUAAGUCUAAGGAAGGAGCUCACUGUGUGACAGCGUACGCCUUCUGGGACACACGGGAGGUUCGUGGGGCAUGCCUGGUUUCUCCUGGUGGUUUCUGUGUGGCUCAGGUUAAGCCAGAACCGGCCUGGUUUAGCCCAGCCAGCCGAUCGAGCAGCUCUAGCAGGGAGACAGGAGGAGUAGGAGGAAUAGCGGGCCCUAAGGGUAACCCUGUGGAGGUCUACUUCCAGAGCAAGAGGGACCAGACGGGUCAGUGCGUGCCUCAGGACAGCCUGCAGCGUGUUGGAAUGGGAAGAGGAGGAGGUCCUGGGGAGUCCGGGACCCCUAUGAGGAGAAUUGGGAGCGUCAACCUGCUAAGAACUCCACCAGGUAACCCCACCUUCCUGCGGUUAAGGUUGGGUGGUGCUGUGGUGGUCCAGACCUCAUCUAAACCUCUGAAGACAACAGACGUAGCCACCUUCUAUGUCUUCCUAUCCAGUGCAUCUACCUUGGAGAACUUCGUUCUCAGGGCCACGGUGAAAAAGGGUCUUUGGUUCAAUGCAGCUCGGCCAAGUGACUCUGCUCUCUGGGACACUGUGGUGGAGCCUGGCAGAGAAGCGUCUCCAAACACUGUUUCCAUAAACUGCUGGAGAAAAGUGGCUGUCACUGCAAAGAGGGGCCUGCUGGAGGUCCUGCAGCUGGACUUCGUGCCCAAGGACGUUUCGGAGCGAGCCGAGAGUCACGUCAUCACUUGGCGCCUGGAGCUGCCGGGAAACGUCAAAGAUGUUGGCGUGAUGAGGAUCUACACCACCCAAAAAGACUACGUGGGUCUUGCCCCUCUGAUCAUGACCAAUGACAUCCUGAACACUGCAGUGUUGACUGGCAAGAUGGUGUCGGUCUCUAUGAAGACCUUGGUCGUGGAGGCCGACGGCUCCGUCACUGACGUCACCAACUAUACCAGUUGCAGGUCUACAGAUGAGGACGUUGUCAAGGUGUCGGAGCGCUGUGACUAUGUGUAUGUGAAUGGGAAGGAGACGCGGGGCCGAAGCAGGGUAUUGCUCAACUUCACCUACAGUUUCCUGAGUGCUCAGCUGGAGAUGAGUGUGUGGAUGCCCCGCCUGCCCCUGCUCAUUGAUGUGGCAGACCCAGAGCUAAGCCAGAUCAAGGGAUGGAGGGUGCCUGUUACUAUAGGCAACAGAAGGUCAACAUGGGACAGCGAGGAAGAAGAGGAGAUGAGGAAGGGUAGGGGUUGCAUGCUGCAGUACCAACACUCUCUGGUGAGGGUGCUAACACCAUUCAUAGCCCAAUCCUCCGAAAAUCUACCCUACCCUCUGUCUGGACCGGCGCCCGUAGACUACUUCCUGGGCCCUGACUGGCAGGUGGACGUGACGAACCUGGUGCGCUAUUCUCUGAAGGUGGCCGACACCGACGUGGCCAAGCUGCAGGCUGGAGUGGUGCUGCAGGGGCGAGCUAUGGGCACCACUACGCUACAGGUGCUGUCCCCUUUGUCGUCGUCGGUCCUGGCCGAGAGGAGCAUCAGGGUGCUGGAUGACAAAGUGAGUGUGACAGAGUUGGGGGUGCAGCUGGUGUCUGGACUCUCCCUGUCCCUGCAGCUCAGCCCGGGCAGCAACAGGGCCAUGGUCGCCACCGCCACCACACAGGAAGUCAUCACACAGCUCCAGCAGGAAGCGGUGGUCAGCUGCUGGGUUCAGUUCAGCGAUGGCUCGGUGACUCCUCUGGAGCUGUUUGACCGCAGCGUCUACUCCCUGAGUGUCUCCACCCCAGAUGAGGAGAUAGCCACGGUACGGCGCAAUCCGCAGUCCACAUUUGUGGUGGCACAGGGUGAGGUUGAAGACCAGGCAGCGCUGGUAAAGGUGGAGCUGAGGAUCUGCGAAGAGUGUCAGAAAUCCAAGAGAAAGAGCAAGUUGGUGGUGGGUUCCGGGCUUCUCAGGAUAAGCCUCCAGACAUAUGCCAAAGCCAGUGGAGAAGGUGGGGAGAGAGGGCUUGGCACUGGUAGAAGCAAAGAAUUCAACAGUGAAGGGUCAGAACUGGCUGGAGAGCCCAAGAUGGCGGCCACAUCACAGCAAACUCAGACAGAUGGGGGGAGGGACACGUGGUUGUUUAGAAGCCCAGUCCCUGACCGUCAAGGGACCACCUCAGCAGAGGCAACUACUUCAGCAAUCCUUGCAACCGCGAUGUUUGUUCGACCACAGGUGGUGUGGAUUGGGGGUGGUACCACUACAGCUACCAACCGUAACACCAUCAAUUCCACUGUCACCAUUAUCAAUACAGAUGAUGCCACAACCGAGGGCAAACUUGCCACAGACAAACCACUAGUUACUGGCAGGCCUGGUAUGGAUAAAUCACUGCAUACCGUGGGUACAGGAGAUGGGCAGAGGAGAAACUAUGGGAACAUGCUGGAUAACCCCAAUUCACCCCCAAAGAAAGAUAUUCCUAUGGCAGACCCUGCACCAAAAAAGGACACUCCAAAGGCCAAAAGCACACCCAAGGUAAUAGAGAGCGACCUCAUCAGGACAUUCCGCGCCAUGUCGGACUUGGAGAUAGGCAUGUAUGCUUUGGUUGGGGUUUCAUGUGUGGCUAUUUUGGCUUUCUUGCUCAACUGUGCCUCAUAUAAUCUCUGCUUCAGAAAUCAAAAGACCCCGAUACAGGCAAGCCCAGCCGCUAGUGGGGACCCAAAGGAUCACAAGCAUGACUGGGUGUGGCUUGGAACCACCAACCCUGGUGCUCCAGCACCAAGUGCCCCAGCCCAGGUCUCAACGCUAAAACGGGAGGCCCACCACCCUCUGGAGUCCCACCAUUCAAUAGAGUCUAUGGGACACCGCAGUCUGGAGAGCAGCCUGGCAGCUGUAUGCACCACUGCUGUCCCUGAGAGAACAGCGACUCUAGGUCGCAGUAGAACCAGCUCCCAGCAGCAGACUCAGGGGAAGAUGGUUGACCCCUUAGCAUGCCGUUCAGCCACCCUGCUGGCGAGGCCACACCGCAGUGAGCCGCUCCAUUCCCCAACCAGCAAGAGGAACCAGGUCCAGUUCACCACGUUCACCACCCUGGACAUCAAACAUUUGGCUGCAUUAAGGAAGAAUGGAGUGGACUUUAACUGGGCCAACCAGCAGCAGCAACAACAGCUUCAACAGCAUCAACAGCUUCAACAGCUUCAACAGCAUCAACAGCAGCAGGGGCAACUCCUUAUUGGGCCCCAAACACCAUUACCUGACAUGCCCUGGCCUGUCGUUAAGCCCCUAGGAGAGACCCAGUGA